AUGCCAUUGAAAAUACGCAAGGAUUGUUCCGGUCAGAAGUACCAAUUGUUGCAGCCAGCAUUGAGUCCGCUGUUGGCUGCAGUGCAAACAUACAUCGAACAAGAUGGGACUCAGGCGGGGUUAAGACCUGCGCCAGGCCAAGACAGAUUCUGGAUCACAGCUUUUAUUGCUGUGUUUUGUAUAAUCACGCUGACCAACUGGGAUCUCCAAGCCAGUGCGCUGUCGGGGAUUCCAGUGUUGGAACUGCUGGUCGUUUACCUCGCUUUGACGCGGCCGGCCAAGUCUGGCAAGCGCGCCUCAUACCGUAGACCCAUUGCCACUGGGCAUAUCAUAUGCCCGCUUGCAUUCCGUGUGGUGGUCACUCUAUUGGCUGUACUAGGCGUGGAAAUUGCGCUAUUCGGCCCCCCGAAGACCUCUAUUGUGGGCACCAUCUUGCCAGGACUUGCGAAAUCAUUGAUGUGGUAUUUCCUCCUUCAGACAGCUGAGCAUUGUUCCUGGUCAGUCACUGCGCCCAUAGGGACAUUUAGCAUUUUGGCCACCAGGAAUCCAUUCAUCUUGACCUCGAGUAUUCAGGCGCUGUCUCAUCUUAUAGCAUCAGUAUUUGCCCUACGGCAGAUUAUUUCCUUUCUACCGGAUAAGGCCAAAUCCAAAUCUGCGCUCUGGAUAUGCAUUGCCGUCUAUUUAGUCCCAUACCUGAUCAACAAUUACUCCAUCCACGUGGCAAAGACCUCAGUGAUACAAUCCUCCACACAUCCGAUCGACCUACUCAUACAAGAUGCCAAGGCCGAUUUUCAAGCCUUGCUCGAGAGACAGUCAAACAGUUAUGCCGCUGCCUGUGAGGAAUACCGCCGCCGCUACGGCAUGGAACCACCGCCAGGCUUUGAAAGCUGGUAUAAUUUCGCCAAAGCACGUCAAUCACCGAUCAUCGAUAACUUUGAUAUUAUUCAUGAAAGGAUCUCCCCAUUCUGGAGUAUCAGCGGGACCGAGGUUACUGAACACAUCAACCGUUUAGAAGAAACGCUGAACAGUGACGUAUGGGUUUGUACAUUCUCGGCUGAAGAAGCCAGGACGAAUUGCAACCAUCCUCACCGCAGCGUCGAUAGGAAUAUCCAAGAAUUUCUUAACACAGUACUGUCAGAUUUGCGUGGUCUUAUACCGGAUAUCAAAUUUCUUGUCAAUCACCUUGAUGAGCCCCGGGUUCUGUUACCGCCGUCCUUCAAGAGGUCGAGAUCACUCAACAUCACCAACUAUUCCAAGAGACGUGUCUGGGAUACAUUAGUCAAGUCCUGUCCUUCAGGGGACAGCAAGAAAGCCGACAGACUAAAGGUGGACACCUUUGGUCUCCCGUUUGUGAUUGACCGUCACUCGACAACAGACUUAUGCAACAAUCCCGAGUACCGUGAAACUCACGGACUGUUGAUCAGCCCUACAUCAUUUCCGUUGAUCGAUGGUCUGGUUCCUGUACUGUCCACCGGCUCGCUGUCGACAAUGGUUGAUAUCCUGUAUCCCAGCCCUGCCUAUCUUGAACCGGAAUUUGAAUAUGUAGAAGCCAAGGACAUGAGCUGGGACUCCAAACACAACAAUCUCUACUGGGCCGGUUCAACCACCGGUGGCUUUGCGGUGAAUGAUAACUGGCAAAGCUUCCACCGACAACGAUUUGUCAAGCUGGCGCAGAACCUGGGACACGGUUCCCAUUCCUACCUUCGGGAAGGCGCAGGCCAGGUCAACCUAGUGAAAUCGUCCUUCCUUAACAGCAGGCUGUUCAACGUUGCCUUUACCCGGAUCUUCCAAUGCGAGAUACGCUAUUGCCGAGACCAGCGCGCCCUCUUUCGAACCAAGUCAUGGGCCGACAGGGACGAAGCCUUGCAUUCGCGUCUGGUGUUCGACAUCGACGGCAAUGGUAUAAGCGGCCGGUACUACAAACUGCUUGCGUCGAGAUCUGCACCGCUCAAGCAGACGCUUCUGCGAGAAUGGCACGACGAUCGUCUCAUGCCAUGGGUUCAUUACAUUCCCGUCAGCCAGAGCAUGGGGGAGUUGCCUGAAAUGGUGAUGUAUUUCACCUCUGAGGCUGGGCAGAAACGAGCCCGGGAGAUUGCCGAGCAGGGUCGCGACUGGUUUUCAAUAGCCUUUCGUAAGGAGGAUAUGACUAUUUAUAUGUAUCGGGUUUUGCUUGAGCUGGCGAGACUCCAAGAUCCAAACAGGUCUGCAAGCGAGAGCUGA